GUUAAUUACUCUUUUCGUCCCUGUGGUUUGUUAAAAAUCACUAUUUCAGUCCAUUAGUUUAAAAACUGUGAUUUCAGUCCCUGUGGUUUCACUUUUGUAACCAUUUCAAUCCACCUUCGUUAACCCCAUCCAUUUAUUCUGUUAAGUACACGUGAAUUGUAUUCUAGGACCCACUUGUUAAAACACAACCCAAGCUACCCCACACCACACCAUUCCAUCCCUACUCUCAUUUCUGGCAAAAGUUUCCGGUCAUCUUCUUCGGCAUCACAACCCCACCCUCUUAAUGUCCGACGACCCAUUACCCCACCCCAAUUAUUAUCUUCCUAGCAGCAUCAAUUAACAUAAUAACUUUGAAAAUAAUGCUUACCUGGAUAUUUUCUCAUUCUAAAAUCCAAAAUUAAAAUUUUGGAACCACAUAUGUAAAAAUAGUGCUAGACUUCUACUUCUACUGAAGUCAUGAUGGGUCGAACCCUAUAAUCCAAUUUAAGUCCAUAUGUCAUACAACAAUAAAAUCAUAUAAAUCCAAUAAUAAAAUCAUAUAAGUCCAUAUUUAAUUAAAACAAGGGUAAUUUAGGUAUUUCAUUAAAAACUUAACUGUAAAAUAGACGGUGUUAGGAGACUGGACUGAAAUGGUUACGAACGUGAAACCACAGGGACUGAAAUCACAAUUUUUAAACUAGUGGACUGAAAUAGUGAUUUUUGACAAACCAUUGGGACGAAAAGAGUAAUUAACUCAAAAUAAUUUGUCUCCUCCUUACGCCUCCUUUUCCGUAUAAGUACAGGAUUAGUCAUAACUCAUAUAUAGAUAGCAUAUCAUCUUACUUACUGUAGUCCUUCACAAUUCACUCCAAGAAUAAUGGUGAUGUACAACCAGGAGAAGAGGUCCCAUUCGGCCAAGUGGACUAGUCGCGACCAUUGGCUGUUUCUAAAUGCAGUGGCUAAUGGCCCUCAACGUAUGAUUGAUACCAUCGGAGAGUGGCAGGAGCUAGUCAAUGGGAUUCCAGGUAAGACGCCCGAUGAGGUCAAAGCAUACUACAAGGCGGUGGAACACGAUUUACUUGAGAUUGAAGCGGGUCGGGUUAAGUUACCGAAUUAUCCUGAUGAUGAUGAUGAUAUUGGAGGGGAAUCAUCGGUUGUUGAGGAGGUUCCUGCAAGGGCUGGAGAUUUAUGGAAAGGGGGAUUGGCGGAGCAUAUCGAGAAUGAUGGUGGUUACAAGGACGGCUACACAAGUGGCUAGCCAUGCCCAAAAGUAUUUCCUCCGCCAGGCUUCACUUAAAUAUCAAGAUAAUAACAAGGAAGAAAAUAGAAAGAGGAAGAAGAGGAAGAGGAGCAGCAUUCAUGACAUCACCACCAUGGUGGUGCCUGUACAGCCGAGUUCAGCAACACCACCAGCCACUAGUUUGAAUGACGGUGACCAAGGAACAGGAGUUCCAGCAGGACCAACAACAUUGUCAACCCAUGGGGGACAAAGCAUUGGCAGCCACGACAUAGCCGCAACCAUACAACCAACAUCACCAACCACUAGUUUAUAUGGUGACCAAGCAACAACACUGUCACCCUUUGGCAGUGGCAGAGGAGCACAAUCAUCAAUAACACAAUGGCCGAGCAGUACCACCACUGCAGUGUCACACACACAGCCGAUAUCAUCAUCACCACCAGCCGCUAGUUUCUAUGACAGCCGAGGCAAAGAUUUGUACUGUGGCCAAGGACAGCCAGUCACUAGUUUCUAUGGCGGCCAAACAACAACAUCAUCACACUCUGGCGGUGGUAGAGGAGCACAAUCAUCAAUAACACAAUGGCCGACCAGUAACACCUCCAGACACUAGUUUCUAUGAGAGUCGAGGCAAAGAUUUGUACUGUGGCGAAGAACAGCUAGUCACUAGUUUCUAUGGAGAAGCAGUACCCCUGCGGUAUGAAAUCAUGGCUGCUAAAGAUUACUCUGAAGAAGUAUUUGGUUUUGAAAAUAUCAGCUACGUUAGUGAGCCUAUCUUCGAAUAGCACAGGGUUAACCUCAACCAUAAUGGCAAAUUGAACUGUGAAUAUCAAGAACAAUUGUUAAUAGUGUUUGGAUUUGAAUUGGUUUCUGUUUAUUCUAUUGAAAAUCUAUUAUU